AGAGCCGCCCCCUGACAUGCGGGCCGGAAGAGAGCCGCCCCCUGACAUGCGGGCCGGAAGAGAGCCGCCCCCUGACAUGCGGGCCGGAAGAGAGCCAGAUCCAUAUGUGUGGGGAGGUAGGAUGCCUUCUGCCAACGUAAACUACCCAAAAGGAGGGUAUGGUGCAGAUCCAAGAGACAGAUUUCCCAAUACUGCUAGUGAGGCUGGAUUUUAUCAGCGAUUUUCAGUGAGAAAAGAUGGGUCAUCCCCCUUCCCACAACAGAGAGAAAGAGAGUUUUCCUCCCAAAGAAAUUGGACAGAUAGAAAAAGGCCUUCUCCUGUCUCAGAUGAAGAGUUAUCAGGAGUGAAGAUAAGUAGACAAGAGGGUCAUACCACCUUUGGUGAACAAAGAUGCCCUUUAUCACCUCAAGUUCUUUCCAAAGGAUGUGAUGCACAUGGUGACUCUACAAAUUUCAUUUCUCCAAGCUCUUCCUUUUGUGAACAGUCACCAUUGCAAGAAGAGCAGUCAAGAACCAGGAGACAGAAGCAGCCCACCGAUUUUCUGUCUUUAAGUUCCCCAUCUCGUGGUCAGCCACAAGUGCAAGAACAAUCUGUGGAAGAAUUUUCCUUGGCACAGCUGCGAAAGGAUCUUCUGCGUGUGAUUUCUUGUUUCCCUGAAGGCAUUCCUAUAACCAAAUUGCGUAAGAAGUAUCAAGAGCUGUUGGGUCGUAAAUUGAAACUCAAGGAUUAUAGAUUGAAGUCUGUGAAUGAAUUGUUUACAGUGAUCGAAGAUGAUGUUGAUGUGGAUUGCCAUGGAGACGAUGGAGAUGAUGUCUUUCUAAAAUGUAAACGUAAGCCAGAUGAGCGUUCUUGUGCUUCAGCUGAUGGGUUACCAGGCUCUGGGCAUUGCCAUGCUUCAGCAGCAGAUUGGUCCAAAACACAGACUGAACUUGUAAAAGAUUUUAAAAUGGAAGAUGUUCGUCAGACUGUAUUAGACCUGUUUUUUUUGCACCCUGAUGGAUUUCCUGUCAAGCAGCUAGCUUCAAUCUUCAGUCAGCGAUAUAGAAGAAAUUUGACUGUGUCACAUUAUGGCUUUAAGUCAGUGCAGAAUUUUGUGGAAUCCAUGUGUGAUGUCAUUUGUAUUGAAAAUGGCAUCAUGAGGCCCAUUAGUCGUCAGUCUGGAGUUAGAGAAGAUGCACCUCAGGGUCGGAUUAUUAGUCUGCCAUCUCCUGCACAUCAACAAAUGGGAACAAAAGGGAAUUCAGAAGUUCCUUCAGUGCAGUUUGGGAGUCCGAACCAGCUAAACAGCAAUGCUUGGGGAGUAUCAGGAAAUGUCACGCCUGUGCAUCCAAAUCCAAGAGGCCCUGUUGCUCCAUCCUUUAUAAGUUUUGAUACACCAUCAUCUGCAAAUCUUUCUAAGGACUUUCCAGAACUUGGUACUAAGUUAACCAAGUGGGAAGAGAUGAGGCUUAAGGAACAGAUGGCCUUAGAAAGGCACUCCUCUAGUUUAAAAAAUGAUUACUAUGCCCAGAUUAGAGAAGUGCAUUCUUCAAACAUGCAAGAACUUGACACUUUGAAUAGGAAUGAUUCAUCAGCUGUCAAUCAGAAGCUUAGUGUUACCAAAGUUAAUCAGCUGGCAGAAGACUUCAUUCGUGCAAUUUCAGCUGAGCAUGAAUUGGUUACUGUGGAAAAGGUUUGUCUUAGUGAAAAAAAAAUUGGGACAGUGAUUUUGAUAAGUGUAUUUUUAUCAUUUUUUCUUGGUAUUGUGUAUUAUGAAUUGAAAUGUCAGUUUGGGUAG